AUGAUUAAGUCCUCUUUCGCAACUUCGAUAUUCUUAGCUAGCCUCGGGCUAGUUCUGGCUCACGGUGGUGUCACUAGUAUUGCCAUAGGUGGUAAAACAUACCAAGGUUGGCAGCCCUUCCUUGGAGCAUCCAACCAAGCGACAGCUGGCCGUCCUUACUCCAGUUAUGACCCAAUACUCAAUCCUGUUGCAUCUACAAUGCACUGCAAUGAUGAUGGGACUGCCGGUUCCAAUCAGCAGACGCUAACCAUUGCAGUCUAUCUUGCCGCUUGUCCUGAUGCAGGUUGCACAAGUGUGAAUACUGCGACGGCCAAAUGGUUCAAGAUAUACGAACUCGGCCUCAUUAGUGGAACCGUAUACACUGGAAAAUGGGCCAACGGACUUCUUAUGGCCAAUCUGAAAUGGGAUACGGCCAUCCCAUCGAACUUGAAACCAGGAAAUUACUUGAUUCGCUGGGAGACGCUUGCACUUCACCAAUCCAAUACGCCUCAAUUCUACCCCGAGUGUGCACAACUGCAGGUUACUGGCAGUGGCACCGCUUUCCCUACUAGCGAGUACUUGGUUUCCAUUCCAGGCGCAUGGAAAGCAUCCGAUCCUGGUGUGACAAUUGAUAUUUACGGUGAAGCUGCCAAGACCCAAACAACAUACAUCAUUCCCGGGCCUCGUAUUUAUCCAGGUUUCACUGGGGUUAACAACACCACGCCCGUUACUUCCUCUGCACCCAACACGACACCCACCACCACGGCUGCCCCGAUUACUACCACAGCUGCACCCCCUACGACUACCACCCCAUCGACCGGUGGAGCUGCUCAGUACGCCCAGUGUGGUGGCAAAGGCUGGACGCCUGCGUCUCUCCGUAUAAAUGUACCUUACUAA